AUUGGUUUUGCUCUAUCUUCUUCUUUUUCUUCACUGGGCUCUGCUGCAGAAAACCCCUCCUCUUCAACCCUAAGCUAUACGUGCAUGAGCAGAGCAGAAAGCUUUCAUGGGGCAUGGGCAUUCAGAAUCUCCUCCUAAGGUUCGUGGGUCUCCACGUAGAAGGAGUCCUUCGCGGAGAGAAAGGUCUCCGCCUCGACACAGGAGUUCUCGCUCCACAAACUCAACAGUGACCGAGAAAACUUCAAAUCGUAACAGGUCUCCAAGGCGUGACAGGUCAAGGUCGCCAGAGUCUCGUUCACCUGUGAGAGAGAAACCUUCAAUUCGUAAAAAGUCCCCACCAAGGAGAAGAUCAAUAUCUCCUUCUUCAGCCUCUCCAAUCAGAGAAAGACCCUCAAAUCGCACCAGGUCGCCCAAGCGAUCAAAUUCAAAGUCACCUGAUAGUCGUUCACCCUCCCCAAAGACCAAAAGGUUAAAGAGAGCUCAAGCUGAAAGAGAGGCUGAGAAGGGAAGUGAGAGAGAAAAUCAGAGAACUCAUGGUAAGCGAGGGGAUAGAGCUUCUAAUAGAGAAAGGGAUUCAGAGAAGGAAGUGGCAAAUGAGAGAAGAGAGAGACGGUCUGGGAGGGAUGGAGUUGAUAAUGUAUCAUCUAGAUCGAAACGUGAUCACACGGUGUCUCCGCCUAAUUAUCGCCACAGGAGUCGGCACAGAUCUAGAUCUCCUCAUGCUGCUGAUAAGAGGGCACGUGAUGAGGAAACAAAUUCAAGGGGUUCUGAUCAUCGGAAUGGAGAAAAUGAUUCAGUAGCUAAAAUGAAAGCCACUGAAUCAGCUUUGGAAUCAAAAGAAAAGGAAAAUCCUUCAUUUGAGUUGUCUGGGAAGCUUGCUGCGGAGACUAACCGAUAUAGAGGUGUAACACUGCUGUUCACUGAGCCACCAGAUGCAAGAAAGCCAGAUAUAAGGUGGCGAUUGUAUGUUUUCAAGGGUGGUGAACCAUUAAAUGAACCCCUCUACGUACACCGUCAAAGCUGUUAUCUUUUUGGGAGAGAAAGGAGGGUUGCUGACGUCCCUACAGACCACCCAUCUUGCAGCAAACAGCACGCUGUUCUUCAAUAUAGGCAAGUUGAGAAGGAGAACCCUGAUGGUACAGUAUCGAAGAUAGUAAAGCCUUAUAUAAUGGAUCUUGGGAGCACCAAUGGAACUUUUAUCAAUGAUGAUCGAAUUGAAGCUCAGAAAUAUUAUGAACUUUUUGAAAAAGAUACGAUUAAGUUUGGUAAUAGUAGCCGUGAGUAUGUCCUGCUGCACGAGAACUCACUGGUUGAUGCUAAUUCAUUGGCUUCGAUCAUGGCUUGUGAGGCCUAUUGGUGUGGUUGUGAAGAAUUAAGAUAUGUUGCCUGAGGCUUGCUGGAAGGAUGUCCAACUGCUUUCAGUGGCGUCUUGCUGUAAAUUUGAGCUGCAAAUGUUGCCUGCUAAAUUUUGCUCUUUCUUAUACAGAUGUUGGUUUAUACUUUGUGCUUAAUCAGGAGCUGUAAUUUGUUUAGCAGCUGCAAUUGGAUUGAUAAAUAUAUUUUCCGGGCACAAAAAAAAAAAAAAAA